AUGAAGGCGUUUUCUAUCGCCUCUUGGCUCCCGCUUGGAGCACUACUUUCCGGCGCAAUCGCUGCUGAUCCCGCUUGGCAAACAAUUCCCCCCAUUGAAUCAUACGGCCAGCACUUCUUCUACAGCAACAACGGCUCUCAAUUCUACCUCAAAGGUGUUGCCUACCAACAGAACUUCGACGGCGGCAAUGGCUCAAGCAACCCCAACGUCAAGUACACCGACCCCCUGGCUGAUGCCGCUUCUUGUGCCCGAGAUAUCCCUCUGAUGAAGCAAAUCUUCACAAAUGUCGUUCGUGUCUACGCCAUUGAUCCCACUGCAGACCACGACGACUGCAUGCGACAGUUCGCUGCCGCCGACAUCUAUGUUGUCGCAGAUCUCAGCCAGCCCGGCGAGUCCAUCAACAGUAACGACCCGGAGUGGAACGUUCCUCUCUACACGCGAUACACCAGCGUUGUUGACUCCCUGAGCAAGUACAACAACGUCAUUGGCUUCUUCGCCGGGAAUGAGGUCAUCAGCGCUGCUAAUCAGACCGCUUCUGCCGCCUUCGUCAAGGCUGCUGUGAGGGACACCAAGGCCUAUAUCAAAUCGCAAAACUACCGUGCCUCUCUUGGCGUUGGAUACGCUACUGCCGACGUGCCUGGAAGAGAUCAACUGGCCGCUUACUUCGCUUGCGAGCCCGACUCCACUACUGCCUCGAGCAUUGACUUCUGGGGCUACAACGUGUAUUCAUGGUGUGGUGACAGUGACUACACCAAGUCCUCGUAUGACGAGCGUGUCAACUUCUUCAGUGACUACCCCGUUCCUGUGUUCUUCGCCGAGUACGGCUGUAUUGAAGGUAUCACUGGCGGACCUACGCAUCGACCAUUCACUGAGGUUGCCGUGCUCUACGGUAACAUGACGGAUGUCUUCUCGGGUGGCAUUGUCUACCAAUGGUUCAUGUCCGAGAACGAGUAUGGUCUGGUGUCCAUCAGCGGGAGCUCGGCCUCGCCUUACCCCGACUACACCUCUCUCUCAAGCCAAUUGGCCAAGGUCACUCCCACCAUCACCCAGUCCAGCGCUUACACCCCUACGAACAAAGCUCCUAACUGUCCAGCUACUGGUGUCACGUCUGAUGUUACCUGGCUUGCGGCACCUUCGCCGCUGCCUCCCAAUGUCAACCCCCAGCUGUGUCAGUGUGAAGCAGCCGCGUUUAGUUGCGUGGUUUCUACAGACGAUGAGGAGACGUAUGGCGACGCCUUUGGUUAUAUUUGUGGCGCAGGUGCCAAGUAUUGCGCCGCCAUUGAGCACAAUGCCACGACUGGAAGCUACGGCGCUAUCAGCGGCUGUGACCCCAAGGUCCAGCUCGGAUUUGUGGCAAAUCAGUACUAUCUCGACAAAGGGUCCAACAGUCAAGCCUGUAACUUCAAUGGCGUUGCCAAGGUCCAGCAAGCUUCUACUGCGAGCGCGUGUAGCACCUUGAUCGCAUCUGCCGGCACCGAUGGUCUUGGCAGUGUUGCCAGCCCCACUGGACAACAGGGCACUGCUGCCGCCAGCUCUUCCAGCGUCGGCGUUCCUGGCUACAACACGCCUGGUUUGUUUGGGGUUGGAAACGCACUCUUCGUUGCCUACGCCGUGGCUCUCGUCGUAUCCGGAGUCGGCAUGGUUGUUUUGUAA